AUGAACCGGUCUCGCCGUUUCGUCUCAAAAGGAUAUACUCGCUCUGCGCGCCAGUUCUCAGCGCAUGGUCAGCGGUGCUCGCAAUCAGAUUCUGCCUCAUCCAUUGCAGCUUCAUUUCUUUCUCGGUUUAAUUCCUUGGGUCCUCAGACUCGCACUCAGGUCCUUGAUUCGAACCAGCUCCUGCUCUUAUCUCUCACUCUUAACCGGCCGACUCUACACCCAAACUCACCAGUGCUCACCACUGCUUCGGGGUCAUUGCAGCAAGGGACUCCCCUGCCUGCGGGAUACCAUUUGGUUUAUUUCACUCCAACUUUCUUGGAGACUGAAUUAGGAGCCGAUGGCACAGAUGUCUCGUACAACCCCGAUACACCGUUUACUCGGCGUAUGUGGGCUGGCGGCGAAGUACAAUGGCCACGCGGCCCAGACGGAAUGCCUAAUCCGUUGAGGGUAGGCCAAGAGAUCCAGGAAACGACGAGGGUCCUGAGUGCGGAACCUAAAAUUGUCCGCAGAACUGGGGAGGAGAUGAUAGUUGUAGGGGUGGAGAAGGAGUUUCGAAAUGAGCAUGGCGUAGCUGUGUUGGACAGAAGGAACUGGGUCUUUCGCAAAGCCCUCUCACCGUCAUCAGCAGCAGCAUCAACGAAUCUGCCAGACCCGAUCACACCCUCUGGCCCAGCAUUCUCGAAGACUUCGACAAUAGGCAACGUCCACACACGGACAAUGAAGCAAACGGCAGUCACCCUGUUCCGGUUUUCAGCGCUGACGUUCAACCCACAUAAAAUUCAUUAUUCACUUCCUUGGGCUCGCGACGUAGAGGGCCACAGGGACAUUGUUGUCCAUGGCCCGCUGAACCUCAUCAACAUUCUGGAUCUGUGGCGCGACACGAGGACGGCAACGCUCGCCAGCGAAGCUCCCGAGCUCAUACUUCCUCAGAGUAUCUCCUAUCGGGCGACGAGCCCCUUGUAUGCUGAAGAGGAAUAUCGGAUUAUCCUAGAGGAGGCUAGUACUGGCCAAGGAUCGCUCAUACUGCGUUAG